CACGGCCAUCUUUGUUAUCUCUCAUUCAUGAAAAGUUUAUUUUUAUGCAAUCCAACGAUUGCCGUGGAGGUUUACGGAUGCACAGGCGGUAGUUUUGGGGGAACAAUAAUUACGUUGGCUGUACAACAAGUAACGCAGCUUCUGGCAAGAAACAUUCACCACAGAAAGUCUUACAAUGAGAAAGAAACAGAAUGUGAAACAGAGGAAGCCAGAGGAGACCACUGUCGUACAAGAAUUUGUGGUUGAGAAAAUUAUCCGUCGAAGAGUCUUUGAUGGAAGAGUGGAGUACUUUCUCAAGUGGAAAGGCUUCACCGAUGCUGAUAACACCUGGGAACCUGAAGACAAUUUAGAUUGCCCGGAACUCAUCCAGGAGUUUCUUAAAAAUCUCCACCUGACAGGAGAGAAUGAGGUAGAGAACCUGCAAGUUCUGGAUCCAGAUAUCAUCCCAAAACAGGAAGCGGACGAGCAGGAGACAGAGAUUCAGCAGGCCUAUAGUGAGCAGAGGGACAGCACACAGGCAGACAGCCAGCAGGCUGGAGAACAGCCUUUAGAAGCCUCCAACACCCUCACUUCUCACCUGGAACCUGACUGCAUCAUCGGCUCCACAGACAAACAAGGACAGCUCAUGUUCCUGGUCAAAUGGAAGAACUCGGACGAGGUGGCCUUGCUGUCGGCUCGCGAAGCCAGCGCCAGAUGUCCCCAGGUAGUCGUCAAGUUCUACGAGCAGAAGCUGACCUGGCACUGUGGAGAGGAGGAGCAGUGAAUUCUGUGUGUCAGAAGGGCAUGCGGGUAUGUUGGUUGAGAGCGUGUGUGUUUGUGUUGGAAGAUGCUAGAGAAGGUGUUGGAAGAGUGUGGUUUUUGCGUGUGUAUGUACUCUGCGUGUUGGGUGUGUGUGUACGUGUUGAGAGAGCGUGUGCACCUGUUAGGUGAGUGUGUGCAUGUUGAGUGAACGUGUGGGUGUGUGUGUAUGUGUGUUGGGAAUGUGUAGUUGUAAGGAGUGUGUGUGUCAGGAGUGUGUGUGCCGGAGCAAGGAGGUGAACUGACAAACAGCAGUAGGCAGAUCGCUGCAGUACGCAGAUAUUUAUAAUGCUUCCUGUGGUGCUUGAUAAGGUCACAAUGCCUUUGUGGAAUACUCAUGGUGGUUGUUGUUGAAACCCAACCUUGGUGUCUGCCCCUUGGUGUUUUCACGUAGCAACAAACUCAAUCACUGUGCAAGGGGUCUCUGUAGUGUGGACUUAGCUACUGUUACCUUCUCUGUGUGGAUGUAGAUAUGGACCCCUCAAACUACAGUAAGGCCAUGUAGUAGAUGUAGUAGUAGUAGUAGCAUAUUACAACUACAGUAUUUCUGCCUCUGAGCUUUAAAGCUCUUCCUUUUGGGCCUGUUCGUGGUUGUGAAAUGUAGGAUAUGUAUCUUUAGACUGAAUAGUUAACUACUGUCCAUCAAUAAUUAUACCUCCAGUCCUUGUACCCAGUUGGGUAUAUUUGAUUAUGUGCUGCAGAUAUGUUGUGCGUUAACUAAUACUAAUACAAUUGAACUACUAAAUGUAGAAUAGUGUUGUUGGAAUGUUGUGAUGUGUGUAUAAUCUAACCAGUUAUACCUGAUCUUUGGUAAUCAAAUAUGAUGUCAUGGAAAUGUCCCUUGUGGUUCAUGAAGAAUGUCUGAACACUAGGUUUAUUGUUAUAUCCAAGCAGCUGCUCAAAACCAAAUCUUUGCACCUUUUAGUCAUUAUUAAUGACAUGUUUUUAGUCAGUUGUGUUGUUAGUUUUUCUAAAAUGUUCAGCCAGACAAUACCUUUCCAAACUCAUCCCAAGUGUGCAUUUAACUCCUAUAUUUACUGUGUGAGUAGUUAGCUCAUGUUUGAUAGCACUUUAGCAAGGCUGCUCUGUUAUUGAGGUUACUCUUCCAUUAGUCUCUCAGACCUGUCAUUGGUAAAUACAUGACUAACUGAUUUUGCAUGUCUCCCAUGACUACUGUGUUAUGGGACAGUCAAUGGACCCUCUCACCAUCUCUCUGUCGACCAUGAAUCUGUGAAUAAAGAUGGUGUCCUGGGUUCC